AUGCAAGCAGCUCUGGCUCCUCAGAUUAAUUAUAAUCCAUCAAACUGGGAGUUAAAUCUGGUGGCCUAUUCUUAUUUUCUGGGAGGGAAUCAAAACCCCAUGACCUGGCUUAAUGAUGUAGAGAAAGCCUUUGUGGCCAAUUUAGUUACCAAUGACUGUCAUAUUCCUGUUAUCAUCCCAUAUCUAAAAGAUGCUACAGCUAUGUGGUGGGCAACUACUCAGCAUCCACCUAACCCUAUCGAUACCUGGGAUAACCCUGCACAAGCAAACACUAGUUUCCAUUCCUAUUUUAUUUUACAAUUCU